GAUGCCGGAAAUGGGGCGGAUCUUCCUGUCUUUCAAGCUGCGCGCGAAUUAACUAGUAGGCGUACACUGGCCCACGAGCAGUGUUCGGUGGAAUAUCACACCUGGGUUUGAAUCUACUGUCCUGACAACAGUGACAGAAGAAAAAUUCUUACAGAAGAAAGGGGGAUGCAGAGGGAGGUGGCGAGUCUCGCGUUGGCCCCAACAAUUAAAGCAAAGUUAAUCGGAGCCGGGUUUGUAAGAGUUGGGGAUUUGCACGAAGUAAGCGCUGCCGAGCUCCGCAUAGAGGCUGGAAUUUCACUGCAAGAAUCUACUGAAGUUCUACAGACUGUAUUUCCACGCUCACAUGAAAAGGGGUCAGAGACAAGAUGGAUGAAGGCCACAGAAAUUUUGGAGCAAGAGAAGUCCUGUCGCUCAAUAAGUACUUUUUGUGCAGCACUGGACACAGUUUUGGGUGGAGGAAUAAUGACUGGGAAGAUGAUUGAGAUUUGUGGGACACCUGGAGUGGGAAAGACACAACUUUGUAUUCAGUUGGCCGUGAACACACAAAUCCCAGCAUCCUUUGGAGGAGUGGAGGGACAUUCAGUGUAUAUUGAUACUGAGGGCAGCUUUUUAGUAGACCGGGUGGUAGAUGUAGCUGAAGCUGCACUUCAACACUGUAAACAGCAGCAUGGAAAAACAGGACAACUAGGAGCUCUGGAAAACUUUACUUUGGAAACAAUUCUUUCCAAUAUAUUCUUUUUUCGUUGCCAUGAUUAUGUUGAACUUUUGGCACAGGUUCAUCUGCUACCAGACUUUCUUUUUAAGCACCCAAAGGUUCGCUUUCUGGUUGUUGACAGUAUUGCUUACCCUUUCCGGCAUGAGUUUGAAGAUUUGUCUGUGAGAACCAGACUUCUCCAUGGCCUAGCCCAGAAACUCUUACAGCUUGCGAGCCAGCAUAAUAUAGCAAUUGUUUUGACCAAUCACAUGACAAUAAGACUGGAGCAGAACAAUUCAGCACUUGUGCCUGCUUUAGGAGAAAGUUGGGGGCAUGUUUCUCCACAGAGACUCGUUCUUUAUUGGCAGGGCAAACAAAGGUUUGCAUCCUUAACUAAGUCAUCAAGACAGAAGGAACAGAUGGUUCCCUUUCAGAUUACAUCCCAUGGUUUCCAUGAUGUCCAGUUAUUUCAGUCUCAGGUUACUGCAUCCAUCUCCUCUGCUACAAGUAACACAACAACAGUGAAUGCUCGCAAGCGUUGUCGUGUUGAAGAUGAUGAUGAACAUGAGGACUGCUUGUAAACUUUUGGGUGCCUCUUGCUACUUGUCCUAACCACUUUUAUUAUUUGUCUUUUUGUGUUUCUGCAGAGUUGAAAAGGUCUUUGAAUAUACUGUAGAGGUGUUUUUUUUUGUCUUUUUUUUUUUUUCUC